CUAAACUAAACUGAGAACACAAAAAACAAAACAGAAGCAAAUAAGUCCUUGCUUGUAUCUCUAUCUCUGCUCUCUAAGCUUGUGUGAUGCAGAGAGAAAGAGAAGGCUGAAGAGUAUUUGAAAUCCAUGGAUUUGAAGAGGCUCACCUGGGUUUACCUUCUGUUAGCUGUGAUCUCACUAGUCUGUUAUCCAGCUUCGGUGACCGCUGGUGAUAUAGUUCACGACGACGAUUCGGCUCCCAAGAAACCCGGUUGUGAAAACGACUUCGUCUUGGUAAAAGUUCAAACUUGGAUUGAUGGUGUAGAGAAUGAAGAAUUUGUUGGCGUGGGAGCUAGAUUUGGCACUACCAUAGUUUCUAAGGAGAAAAAGGCACAGAAUGAUCACCUUACUCUUGCGGAUCCUCGUGAUUGUUGCAGCAUGCCAAAGAAAAAGUAUUCUGGAGAUGUCAUUAUGGUUGACCGUGGCCACUGCAAAUUCACAACAAAGGCAAAUAUUGCAGAGGCUGCUGGUGCUUCAGCUGUCCUCAUUGUAAAUAACCAGAAAGAACUUUACAAGAUGGUCUGUGACCCUGAUGAAACUGAUCUAGAUAUACACAUACCUGCUGUCAUGCUUCCACAGGAUGCUGGUGCCAGCUUGGAAAAGAUGCUAAUGAAUGGUUCAUCUGCAGUGUCUGUACAGCUAUAUUCUCCACGGCGACCACUAGUUGAUGUAGCAGAAGUAUUUUUAUGGUUAAUGGCUGUUGGUACCAUCUUGUGUGCAUCUUAUUGGUCUGCAUGGAGUGCCAAAGAAGCAGCUAUGGAACAAGACAAGCUUCUAAAGGAUUCUGUGGAUGAAAUUCCAAAUGCCAAAGAUGUUGGUGGUAGUGGUAUUGUAGACAUCAACACAGUAUCAGCGGUCCUGUUUGUUGUUAUUGCUUCAUUCUUCUUGGUCGUGCUUUACAAACUUAUGUCAUACUGGUUCAUUGAGCUGCUAGUCGUUCUUUUUUGCAUAGGUGGUGUAGAGGGUUUGCAAACUUGCUUGGUGGCUUUAUUAUCAAGGUGGUUCAAACAUGCUGGCGAGUCAUUCAUCAAAGUACCUUUCUUUGGAGCUAUUUCAUACCUUACUCUGGCUGUUUUUCCAUUCUGCGUAACAUUUGCUGUUAUUUGGGCUGUUUAUCGUAAGGACUCCUUUGCCUGGAUAGGUCAAGAUAUACUUGGUAUUGCAUUGAUAAUUACAGUUCUUCAAAUUGUGCAUGUACCUAAUCUCAAGGUGGGUACAGUUCUACUCAGUUUUGAUCACUUCAUCGAAUUGGGGUUAUGA